UUUUUAACAGGUAAAGCGUAUCCCUAAGAGCGUUUUCUCCUUCACACUCGUUCUUUGACUUGAGUUUACAAACUUCAUUAAUUACAAUAUGAGAGAAAUUAUCCAUAUUCAAGCUGGCCAGUGUGGUAACCAGAUUGGUCAAAAGUUCUGGGAAACCAUCUCUGCUGAGCAUGGCAUCGACCAUAACGGUAAUUAUAUUGGCGAUAUUGAUCUUCAAUUGGAGCGUAUCAACGUCUUCUAUAAUGAAGGCAGCCAAGGCAAAUAUGUUCCUCGUGCUGUCUUGGUGGAUUUGGAGCCUGCCACAAUGGAUGCCAUCCGUGCCAACCCAUACGGAAAGCUUUUCCGUCCCGAUAACUUUGUGUUUGCUCAAUCCGGAGCUGGUAACGCUUGGGCAAAGGGUUAUUAUACCGAGGGCGCCGAGCUUGUAGAGUCCAUUCUCGAUGUUGUCCGCAAGGAGGCUGAGAACACUGAUUGCUUGCAAGGCUUUCAACUUGCUCACUCUCUUGGUGGUGGUACUGGAUCUGGUCUUGGAUCCCUUUUGCUCUCCAAGAUCCGUGAAGAAUAUCCUGACCGCAUGCUCAGCACAUACUCUGUUGUUCCUUCGCCCAAGGUUUCUGAUACAGUUGUUGAGCCUUACAACGCUGUGUUGACUGUUCACCAGCUCGUUGAGAACUGUGAUGCUACUUUCUGUAUUGAUAACGAAGCCCUUUACGAUAUCUGCUUCCGCACUCUCAAACUCACAAACCCCGGAUAUGGUGACCUUAACCAGCUUGUCUCUGCUGUUAUGUCAGGUAUCUCCACCUCACUUCGUUUUCCUGGUCAAUUGAACGCUGAUCUUCGCAAGCUCUGCGUCAAUAUGGUUCCCUUCCCACGUCUUCACUUCUUCAUGGUCGGCUUUGCCCCAUUGACUGCCUUUGGCUCACAACAAUAUCGCAACAUGACCGUCCCUGAGUUGACCGCUCAGAUGUUUGAUGCCCGCAACAUGAUGGCGGCCUCCGAUCCACGCCAUGGACGCUACUUGACCGUCGCUACUAUCUUCCGUGGACGUCUCUCUACUAAGGAAGUUGAGAACCAAAUGUUGGCUGUCCAACAAAAGAACUCUUCCUACUUUGUUGAGUGGAUCCCUAAUGGUGUCAAGUCUUCCCUGUGUGAUAUCCCUCCUGUUGGUCUCAAGAUGUCUGGUACCUUCAUUGGUAACACCACUGCUAUCCAGGAGCUCUUCAAGCGUGUUAAUGAUCAAUUCACUGCUAUGUUCAGAAGAAAGGCUUUCUUGCAUUGGUAUACUGGGGAGGGUAUGGACGAAAUGGAAUUUACUGAAGGCCUUUUCAAGCCGAGUCGAACAUGAACGAUCUUGUUUCCGAAUACCAACAAUACCAAGAAGCCACCGCUGAAGACGAGAUGGACGAAGAUGAAGAUUACCUUGGCGAGGAGAUGCCCAUUGAAGAGUAAAUUAUGCCUUAAGGCACCAAAAGGAAAUCCCAUAAGUAAAAGCUCUUUUUUUUUUGUUUUCAUCCUUUACAGAUUAUAAUGUAGGGCUUCGCACGUUUGUUCAUUUCAAACUUUUUUUGUCCUCUCUGCAAUUUUUUUGGCAUAGCUAAGAAAAAGUUUCUAAAUAUCCACAAGUUAUGCCAUACCACAAUCCCCCCCCUUUCAUUUCAAAACCCUUUACCGAGCAUCAUAGCGUUGACGAGACCAAGGUUUCGACGUUACUUGUUCACGAGUCAAGUUGUUUU